AAUGUAAUGGUUCAUGAUAAUAGAGAGAGUUUUACCUAUUGAAGAAAGUGUUAGAGCUAAAGAAAGUGUUAGAGCUAAAGAAAGUGUUAGAGCUAAAGAGACAGUUGAACCCACUACAGAUAUUAGUACUGCAGCCAAAGAGAGCAAUAGAACUAAAGAAACAGAGAGAGUUAUACGUACUGCUAAGGGGAGUAAGGGAAGUGUUAGAACUAAAGAAACAACUGUAAGUCCUGCUAAUGCAACUACUGCUAAGAAAAGUGCUAAAGCUGAUUAUCCUACUGCAAAGAAGAGUGUUCAAAGUACACAUAGAGUUGAUACAAGAAGGAGUGUCAGAACCAGGGGCGUAGCUGAGAUUAUAUUCGAACCUGCUCCCCCAGCUUAUGAGACCGGUAACGUACCCUUCGUCCACUCUGCUCUGGGCUUCCCUUGGGCCGGGCCGGGUCCGAACCGACCUCCCCAUAGUUAUGAGCUACAUGCUUGA